AUGAAGUUCCUUGUUGUGCUCGUCCUAGCCGCGUUCACCGGCUGUAAUGCUGAUGCACCCAAGCCACAGCUGGAUGUACUGACUGAUUCCUUCUGGGAUUAUGUUGGCAAGGCCACCCAGACAGCUGAUGACACCAUCCAGAUGAUCAGGAUGUCUCAGUUUGGACAGGAUGUCAGCGCCCGUCUGACAGAAAGUACCGAUGUGGCCAACAAGUAUGCCCUCAGCCUGCAUGAGCAGCUUCCCCCUGGAGCCCAGGAUCUGAUCACCAAAGUCACCGCAGAAACCGAAGUGCUGAGAGAGCGUCUGAACCUGGAGCUGAGCACCGUCAGGGAAAAGCUGCAGCCCUAUACCGAUGACAUGAAGGUCCAGAUCCAGGAGAAAGUGGAGCAGCUCAAACAGGAGCUGGCUACCUACGAGUCCAUGGAACCUGAAGCCCUGAGGGCCACCCUGAUGCAGAAGACCGAGGACCUGAGGGCCAACUUGGACAAGAGUGUGAAGGAUCUGCAGGCUCAGCUCGGGCCCUACACCGACGACCUGAAGGUGAAGUUGGACCAGCACCUGCAGGACUUCAAGGAGCGCGUGAAACCCGUCACCGAGCAGGUCCAGGGUGAGCUGUCUCAGAGAGCCCAGCAGGUGAAAGAAUUGGCCACCCCCUACGUUGAUGAGCUGAGGGAAAAGCUGGACCCCUACGCACAGGACCUCCAGGCCCGCCUCACCUCCCUCUACGAGUCCUUCACCAAAACCAACUAA